GGUACGUACCUACCUCGUCAUGCGUUUCACUGUCACGAGUGUUUGUGUUACCCAUCCGGGUACAUAGGUACUUACCAAGGCACAUACAACACCCGGAACAGUACUACUUUGCAUCCCAGCGCGACUGGAGAUACCGUCACUCUAAUCUCCCAAUUAACCACUUUCCUAUCCGCUCAGACUUGCUCGAGUCUUGAGCUCACUGGGGCCAUCAUGGCCUCACAGAAUCUGUAUUUGGCCUACAAACGAGACACGAGCCGCCUCAUCUACUGGAUCAUUAAAGCAUCCAAUACCAUCAUCGCGUCCGAGCCCACUCUGCUCGAUAAGGUCCCCAAAUCCCCCAACACAAACGGCCAGGUCACUGUUGCAGGCCUCGUGUCUCUCUCUAAGCUUAUAGCCAAGCACAUUGAUCCUAUCCCGUCUACCAUCCUAGCCUUGUUCAAUUCAGUCAUCCAGGCGCGGACCGCUGCUUACGGGAUUUUCCAGCAGCUUGUUGCCAACAAGUCCGACCCCGAGGUCGAGCGGAGUAAUGUCUCUCACAAGCACUUUAUCGAUGCCCUUGUCGAAGCCUUCGAGGUGCUAGGGGGCAAUGCAUGGGCUGAAGAAUGUAAAUCGGAAGACCCUCUUCCCGACAAUCAAGCCGACCUUGAUCAGAUUCUCUUCACCAACAAAUUCGCUGGUCUCCGUGUCGAUGAAGAUACCGUACUGGGGGAUCAGGGCACCUCUGAUGAUGGGUCUGACUUGGAACAUCAACAGCAUCACGCUUCUCAAAGACGCCAGCAGCAGAAGAAGUCAUCCGGCAAAGGAAAGAAGACACAAAGUGGGAAGAAUGCGAACAAGAAGAAGAGAAAGACAAGGACGAAAACGACGCAACAACAGUCAACGGCUGCAUCGCAAAGCCUUGAUGAUGUCCCAAUUGAGAGCUACCGCAUCAUCCAGGAUAAGGAAGGUAUUAUGACUGAUUACCUGAUGGCUGUCUAUGCGCUUGUCAAGGACUGGGCCUCGCUUCGAGCCUAUCUACAAGGAUUGUGGCAUGACGUGGCAUAUAACGGGCUCAACAGCGCCGUUGCCGGCGCAGUGUCGAAUUUGGCCAUUAAUAUGAUUGAGUGUUCAGCUUCCGCCAUGUUUAUCGACUUCCCUGGACAUGAAUCCUACGAAACUGUCAUGAACACCAUCACUCGUGGCAACUCGGAUAAGGCACAAGGAGGCUUCACUAUAGCGCUGCAUCAGAUAAGCCCAGAUCAGACCAACACCAGGAAGGUUCGGGAAACUGCUAUCGACGUCAAAGAGCAGUUUUUGAUCUAUGCAUACCGAGACCUUAUUGACUUCGUUACUGACUUUCAGAAGACUCGGAGUGGAAAACCAACAAAGCACAUGCUCAGUGAAAUCAGCGGUUGGGACCCAAAUCUCGACCUUCAACGAGCUAGCGACAUCGAGAGACUCAAGUGGCGCCGAUCUUACACAAUCAAUUGGCUUUAUGAUCUCGUGAAUCUUUUCUCGGCUAUUGUCGUGCAGCGCAACACCAUGCGAGGGGAACACCACAGGUUGGAAUUGGUGAACUGGUCUACUACUGGCCCCUGGGACAAGCACAGGCGGCUUUAUGGGUUGAAUGAAUUUGCUGGUAUAGUCACGCAUCUUGCUAUGCAAAAGUCGGGUUCAGAUAUUCGCCACAAAAUCCUCCCCCAUCACAUCUUCCAGCUACAAUGUAUUGUUGACUCAUUUUCUGUUUCUCGCGGCUGGUCUCUCAGUGGACUCCGAGGCCAUAUCCUCAGAGCACCAGCCCAGGGCUUCCGGUCACGGCGAGAUGUUGACCUAUUCCUUGAUCGAGAGAAUAAGCGGACCGGCUCAGGCUUUCUCCAGGCGGUGGAUAUUCUCCGGCAGCUGUUCCAAAAAGACGGAAUACUUCACGGCGAUUUGAAACGUCACGAGGCGAACUAUCAACUGUUGGAAGCCGUCCAGUAUGAUUUCAUCAACUGGCUGGGAGAAUCGAAGUACAUGUCUGGCCUCACUAAUAUCGCUCCGUCUCGAUUCACAACUACUAAUUCUAACGGUCUUUGGGAGUAUUCACCGUUCCUCUGCGGUGUGGGCCUUGAAGAAGGGCUGAGGGAAGCCUACCAGUACAGUUUUGUUGUCCUUGAUACGCUCCCUGAGCCAGUGCUAUUGAUCCACCUACACAACAUGCUCGUCCAGAAAGGCUACAUCGCUAAGCCAGUAGGGCUAUUUGCAUCUUUCCAAGACCUAUUCACAACAGCCUUUUUCACUAAUGGUAGAGUGCCAACCUCAAACUUUGGCGAAGCUCUCUUAGAGAGGGUCGCCGAAUUGCGAACACGACGCCCCAGGGUUCGACGCACCGUUGAUGACGUCAAAGAACUCAGAAACAACCAAUUUUUCAAAACUAAAUCAUAUCUCAUGGCGUGUUAUGCAGCAGGCUGGAAUCCCGACCGCAUCCCAGACAGUGAUAUCCCAAUGCCAUCCCUACUAGGGGUUUAUCGUAUCAGCCAGGCAAAGCACAUCACCGAUCCAGCCACGGGCAAGAAAAGACUUGAGGACACAUAUUUAGUCAAGCUUGCAAGGGCCAGAGGCAUCUCCGAGGAGGAUUUGAUGGCGUACGAUAUGACUCCUCCUAGUGAAAUCAGAACAGAGCAACCAAUUCCCGAGGCUCUUCGGAAGGCGAUGGUACCAGAGGGAUACACGGUAGGCAGUCUUCCCGGGAUACGCGGCAUGGGUGGCAAGCUUGAGUUGUCAGGACCAGAUCUUCUCGCGCUGUUCAAGGUGGACAUCUCUAACGACAUUUGCGGAGAUGUACCGCUGUCCAGUCUCAACUACGUCUCGACUAUGGCUCGAUUCAUGGUGUUGUUCAUGCAAUUCGAGAGCGAGCUAGACAAGCUCCGGAACCCAUUAUACGUGCAGGCGUACGAGACCGACCGACAAUGGCAGAAGCAUAAACGAGUUGGCCUCGCCUAUCUUGCCCUUCAUCUGCAAGAUGAGGAGUGCUUGCGGGUCAUGGCCCAUGAGUUCCAGAACCCCAGAGCUGGAUUCAUGAAUCAUAUCUACUGGGAGGAUUUGGAGUCAACAAUACGAUGUGGACAACAGCCAAGUUUGAAGAGAACAAGCGGCGCGUUCCAUGACCAGUGUACCGUAAUGUAGGUAGACACUGGUGGGUUAAGUGGAAGUGCUAUCUUGAGAAAGGGGUGAAAUGGACCUGUCUUCAGCCUCGGGUCGUAAUAGGUAUGUGGGGGGAUGGUUUCUUGCUUUCUCAUCAUCGAGGCAGAAUACCCAAGACUGUUCGGAGGAAUAUACAAAGAAUUGACAUCGCAGAUGUAUGAAUGAAUGAAUGAAUGAAUGAAUGGGUUUCUGCUACCAGAGCAAACGGGCUAUUACUUGUUAAUCUGCGGGACGCGCAUCUAUGUUCUUAAGCUGGAGUCGCCCGUAAGGUCCCCGAAAAUAGAACACCUAGGGACUAGGCUGCAAUGAAUGAAUAUUUGAAGAUCUAAAGCGUUUCAAAGAGAGCGAGUAAAUGAAAUUUGUUUAACACAUGAUUCUGCA